AUGAAGCUUUUACCGACCUUUGUUUUCGGCGCUAUCGUUGCUCAAGACUACUUCGACGCAGAAGGCGAGAGAAAAAAGAAAAAGACCAAAGUGACGAAAAGCGAUGCUUGUGGGUGCACUGAGAUGCCUAAAAAUGGACCUGAUGCGGUUGCUACUUGUGUUAUGAAUGGCGGAAAACGAAAAACGAUUGAUUGGACUUGCCCAGCGACCGGAACGACUCAACGAUUCAGCAAUAUUAAAUGCAAAGGAAUUCGUAAGAGAAAAUUGGACGAGCAAUGUGGUGAUCUGGUCUGCAAUUGUCGAUUUGAAAUGGACGCAUUUGUUUCGACUAUGAAUCCUGAUGAAGGGCAAGCUGUCGGUUUGUGUACCAAUCCUCACAAAAAGCCGACAUACAAGCUUUUUUGCGACGCGAAUUCUGACAAUAUUCAUGAUGGCGGAGAAUCUUUCCAGGAAUUCCGAGUGAGGUGCCGAAACGGAGCGCUCUUCAAGAGCAAAUUUAACCAAGUUCUUUGCGGCAACUCGAUCAUCGGAGGCGAUGGCUGGGAAGCUGGGCCUGCUUCGAUGCCCUCUGGCUUGACUUGCGCAGACCCAACGAGUCCGUUUACUGCGCGGAGAAAGCGCAAGAUCAAAGACUUUGCGACCUCGAAAAUCGUUGGUGGUCAGACAGUUGAUAGAAAAUCAACAUGGCCUUGGAUUGUGAAAACGCCAGGAUGCGGCGGAACUAUCAUUUCAGCGAAUCCGAGCGGAACGAGCGAUUGGAUUCUUACAGCUGCUCAUUGUUGCGAAGGAUUGUCUUCAAUGAAUGUGAUUGUCGGAUCUGAAGAUCGAAGUAUUGGUGGAGCUUCUACUGAUGAAGAGUUUCGGGUGACAUCCCUUAGCAUCGUCAUGCAUCCAGAUUACAAUGGUGAUCUUGGAUCUCCUUCAUCGCCUGGAGCUGAUGUCUGUCUUGUCGAAGUUCCGAAUCUAUCAGAUGCUCAGCCUGUCGGAUGCGUUGACUGUUGGAAACCAGCCUGUCUCCCUGCAGCCCAUGUCGACGACAAAAGACUUUGCUACGUCGCUGGCUGGGGGACCACUUCCUCUGGUGGAAAUUCGCCUACAUUCCUCCGCGACGUUGGCGUUCAUGCUUUUUCUCAAGAAGCUUGCGAAUCAAUCCCGGACAUGAGCGGCGGAAUCGUUCAAGAUAAUGAGUUCUGCGUUGGUGUUCCCGAUUUCAAUGGAGACGGCAUCACUGACGGAGGGAAAGACUCAUGCCAAGAUAUUUGCUUGAUUGAAUGUCGGCGAGAAAUGAUUUUCUCGGAAAGUCAAUAUUUACUGGGAGGUGUUCGCUCAGUUCAGUUUAUGGUUCUUUCCAGAAAAGAAAAGAGCAUGGAGAUCAUUUGUGCCGGUUUUCCGAAGACAUCAUCGAAAAGCUGCUCUACUUGUCUCCGAACACUUGGCUUCAAAGUCGCCGAUUACAUCGAAACUGCCGAGUUCUUGUCCGAAAUCUGGGUCGAAUACAUCAACGGACGAUGUUCGAUUCAUAAAGUCAUCGAAGAAUACAACAAGCAUGGUUUUCAAGCAAAUCAGGACAUUCCUGGAAAUCUGUACUGGGAAGAGCUUUUCCACGCCUCUCCCAAUGCAAAAGUGAUUCUGACCGUCCGAGACAGCACCGAAGUCUGGAACAGAAGCAUGGUCAACUUCAUGCUGCAGGAAGCAAAAAGACUUGGAAAUCCGGGCUUUUGGCUCUUUCAUCGAUUCUCCAGUUUGGGAUGGACGAGUCCGAGAAUGCUCAACAUGCUUGAAAUAAUUGAAAAAGUGAAAAACACGAUGUUUUUCCGCGCUCCCGAUGUGAAAUGGUUUCCCGCAGAUUGGCGAAAGUUCACCUGGCAGAGUCAGAAUGAAAUGAUGGGGAAGUAUUGGGAAUCGAUGAAGGACAAGUACGAAGCUCAAAUUCGACGAGUGAAGGAAGUCGUUCCAGAGGACCGUCUUCUCGUCUGGAAUAUCAAGGAAGGAUGGGAGCCGCUUUGCAAGUUUCUCGAUAGACCUGUCCCUAAUUCUCCCAUUCCACACGAUAAUCGAACUGGUGACCACGAGUUCAUGGAAAGAUAUUUCCUCGAAAGCGAUGUAGGAAAAGAAAUGAAAUCGUACAUGAAAUGGUACUUUGCCAAAUUUCUGCUCAAAACCGUGAUCAUUUCCGGCGCCCUGAUCUAUGAGAAGAAAAAUGACUUCAGAAUCACUCGAGCUCUUGUUUCUUCUGUCAGAUCAAAAUUGAAUUUCUAA